UGUAUGGAUACCCUGGUACAGUUUGGUGGUUUCCUCUCGUCUCAUUUAAGUCCUGAUGAGUACUCUAAGAGAGUCCCUUCACUAGAUACCCUGAUACAGGAGUACAGGAUGACGGGGGACGUAGCGUUCUUCCUUUAUAGACCAAAGAUAUUCUCAAGCAUUGGAGUUAAGUUUGCCGAGUUAGAGAAAUCCUUUAAAAAUGUCACAAACGAAACCAAAAAAUCAAUAAUGAAUAGACAGGAGAAACACUUCAUUACAUCGUGUGAGGAAGUCUUUGGUCCAAUUAUAGAAUCAGUCAGACCACUUCAACCGAGCAAAGUCUGGGAAGACAUUAAUUGUUCGUUCUAUGUUGCUUUCUGGUCCCUGUCCUUAUAUGAUCUUCAUGUUCCCAAGGAGCGGUACAAUGAUGAGAUUAACAAAGCUAAAGACGUUAUACAAACACUGGAGAACAAUCAAGAAAUGCCGGCCAGUAAGAAGAAGAAGGAGCAGGAGCGGUCCCAGGCUCUCAUUGAUAAACUGAUGGAAGAGAAGAAGAGACAAGAGGACAACCAUCAGCUGAUCAUCAGCUACUUGAGGAACCAAAAGGACUCUUUUAUCAAUCCACGUGUUCUUAAAAGUCGUACAUUGAAUCGCUUGUUGCAGCUGUGUAUAUUCCCCAGGUGUCGGUUCACUACUCUUGAUGCAAUAUAUUGUGCCAAAUUCAUACAAACACUUCACAUUCUGGAGACACCUAACUUCUCUACAAUACUACUACUGGAUAAAGUGAGUUAACACUGAGUUAACGCA